AUGAGGGAGCUAAAUGUGCAAAAAUUGCAGUUAAUGAGGGAACUAAAAGAAGAAGUAGGAGAAGAGGAGGAAGAAGAAAUGGCUGGAGAGGACGAAGAAGCUGAUGCCAACAUCGAUCGUGUCGAGAAAGGAAGUCGGUCCACACCAUUGCUUACGCCGUUAUCUGAAGAUGCUUCACUGGAAUCAAUGCCUGCGUGGACCGUUCGAAGCAGUUCUCUUUGCAUACCAGAUACAGCCGUUGCAAUAGUUCGCUCGUCUUUGUGGCCUGGUGCAUACGCCUAUUUAUUUUGUAGAAUAUGUGCAACUAUAUAUAUUGGUUGGGGUCAAAAGUACAAUGCGCAUAAUCAUUCUCCAGAAGGUAUGCCCGAUAUUCAACAGGAAUAUCCAAUUGGACCAGAAAUUAUGGAAAUGACGGAUCCAACAUUUGCUGAAGAAGAGGCAUGGAGGAUUGCUCACUUGCCUAAGCCUGUAGAGCUAAAGGAAAUAGCUGGCGAGGCUGGAGAAGGAGGGGCGGAAGAAGCCGAGGAAGAGGAAGACGAUGAAGAAGAGGAGGAGGAAGAGGAAGAGGAGGAGGAAGAAGAGGAGGAAGAAGAAGAAUGA